CUAUUUCCGCGCCUUCUUCCCUUCUCCGAGAGGAAAUACCGCAAGAAAGAAGAACUAAAGCUUCCCUCCGCCGGCAUCGGAGAGAUGCGGGAAGAUGACUGCGCUAACGGCCACACAUACCGCAGUCCUCUUCAUCUCCGUCAGCCCCUGCCGUCGACUCGCCGUCCGGUUCUCUCGUAGGAGCGAGGACGCCACCGCGCUGGCGCCUCUUCCUAUCCUCCGGCAUUCGAUUGGGAGGAAAGGGAGGCGUCGGGUUAGGGGAGGAGUAGUUUGGGCAGAGGAGGAGCUGAGCGGGAGCCGUUAUUUGGAGGCGGAAAUCUAUGAGUUCAUGGUGAGGUCGGCGGAUCCGAUGGGUUUUCCGAGUAGAGAAGCGCUGAAAGCUGCUGGUAGGGAGGACUUGGCCAAGGCCAUCGAGAAGGAAGGGGGAUGGCUUGCCUAUGGCUGGGAUUCGGAUGAGGAAGAAGAGGAGGGAGAUAUAGGUACGGAGGAUUCCAGAAUAUUUCAGCAUAGGAUGGCUUUUGUCGCUGGUGAAGCUGAUGCUGCCUUGGAAUCUGAUUCGGACAACGUUUGGGAUAGUUCGGAGGAUUCUUCCGGGACCUCGACAUCUCGGAGGCCAAUGGACAUUGAAGUUUCGCAGGAUGCUGGAAUCGAUGGUAUAUUGAAUCGCCUGGAGAAAGAACGGAAUUUAGCUUUUGGUUUCAUCUCGCCAAAGGAGGAAGAGUUGAUGAUUAAGAAGGACGAAAGCCUUUCCAUAACUGCUUUAAGGCAUGAAUUUCGAAAUACAGUUGGAAGCAUCGAAAGUACCAAAAGGUGUGUAUCAUCUAACCUUGAAGAAGGCUUACAUCAUCACUCUGGUGUCCAAAAUUCUGAUAACGGAUCUUUAAUGGAUAUCAAUACCGAUUCUGAGCCUGAGACAUGGAGGUCAUGGAGUAUUCAAAGGUCAGGAGAUCCUUUAUCCAACUUCGAAGCUGCUGAAAUUGUUGUCGAGGAAGACCAAAGAAAAUCAGACAUCAAUUUUGUUAGUCGUUAUUUAUCAGGAAACGAGAAGGAAAAUGUAUUAACUGAUCGAUUGGCGUCUGGACCUAUAAGUAGUGGAAACAAUUGCCCUUAUGAUAAUGACCAGGGAAGUCUCAAAAGUGAAAUUAUUGUAUGUCUGCAGCACUUGGAAUUACAGUUAACUUCUGCACUUCAAUUAUGUAAAUUCAGGAGUUAUGGCAUUCAUUCAUGCAUGGAUCAAGACCAAGAAAGUUUACUUGAGCAGCUGCAUUCUCUUUCUGAUGCUUUGGAAUUCCAGCAGAAUGAAAUAAAGAAUGCCAGAGAUAUAUUACGUUCAACAAGAGCUAAGCUGGCUGUUAUGGAAGGCAAGAUUGCACUUGAGGUCAUUGAAUUUCAAAAAGUUAUUGAAGUUAAACAACUGAGGCUUGCUGCUGCUGAAAUGUCCCUGAGUAUUUUGCGCUCUGUAUGCAUAGUCUGGCCUAACUCUGCCUCAGAAGUUCUUCUUACUGGGUCCUUCGAUGGAUGGACAAGUCAGUGGAGGAUGGAAAAGAACAAUACUGGGGUGUUUUCUUUGUGCUUGAAGCUCUAUCCUGGACGCUAUGAGAUCAAAUUCAUUGUUGAUGGUGUUUGGGCAAUCGAUCUCUUACGUCCUAUUACCAACAAUAAUGGCUUCAAAAACAAUCUCCUUAUUGUUACGUAAGUGCUGAACAUUCUUGCUUGUAAUUUAAAUAGUUUAGCCGUUACUAUGGUUAGCCCACUCUAAUCAAUUCAACUGAUGAGAAGAUCUGUAGCUUAUAAUUGUAGAAGGUAGCCUAUUUUUGUCUUCUUUUUAUCUGGCCCGGCAUGGGAAUUGCACCCUUGUGCUUGGGAAACAAACUUGUAAUACUUUUUGCUUUAACAUUUGUAAACUGAUCAGUUAAAUCAUUUAAAUUUAUUUUUUCACACUAAUAAGUGCUGUUAUUAUGA